AUGUUCGGCACUCCGUCUUCCUCGUCGGCUUUGUUCAGCAAUCUCAAUACCAAGUCUGAUGUUGUUGCCACUCAUGUGAAGAAGCUAGAGACUCAAGUCACCCAAACUAUGAAAUCUGUUAAGAGACAGGAAGCUGAAUCCAAGAAGUCCUUUUGCAACUCAGCCGCCAUAGAAGAAAGAUUUGAAGAUCAAGUUCCAGAAUGGAUGCUUUCAAAACCUACUGUUGAUUGCAUGAUUUGGCUUGAAGAGAUUUACCCAGAGAGAGAGUCCAAUCGAGCUAGAAAAAGGAGACUCUUUCCAAAGAUCAUCCCAAGACUGAUAACUCAGGAAAGUUUGUUGUGCCUUGUAUCAUCAAAGGUAACAUUCUUGAGCAAUCUCUAUCCCCACCGAUUUUCAGAUUGUGGAAAUGAGAGAGAGUAG